AUUCUAUAAAUACUCAAGUAUAUAACUAGGGUAGGGGAUCUCAGAUCUUCUCUCUCUUUCAACCACUGUAGCUCUCUUUCAUUUAUCAUUAACAAAAUACUUGAUUUUAUCUAAUUUUUAGUAUUAACUUUUACUAAUGCAUAUCUCCUAAUAUCUUUUUCAAUAUCCUUAACAAGAGGGUUUUUUUUUUUUUUGGUCAUUCCUAGAUUGGAGAAACUAUCAUUAACAAGUGAUGACAUUGCAAUGAUAUGUACUCGCCAAUUUCCAGAAGACCUCUUCUCCAAUAUCAAAGGUCUUCGUGUUCUCUGCUACCACAGUGAAUCGAAGGUUUUUCCAUUCUUCUUCAUUGAAAGAUUCUUCAAUUUAGAAAAGCUUUUUAUAGGUUGUUCUCAUUUCAACGAGUUGUUCCCUUCUAUAGCAUCCAUUGAUUGUCAGGAGAAAGAUGGAAGAUGGCAUUUUCGUAUUAGAAAGUUGAAGCUGGAUACUGUUCCUAAUCUGAAGUAUAUGUGGAGUCAAGGCUCAGCAUCAGACCUGCUUGCUCAAAAUGUUGAAUCUCUUAAAGUGCUGGGAUGUGAUAAUUCGAUUAGCUUAUCAGAAUCUACGCCAUCUUUCCAAAAUCUUACCACUUUGUUGGUAGAAAGAUGUCAAGGGUUAAGAAACUUAUUUUCAUUUGCAACAGCCCAAAGUCUGGUGCAACUCCAAAGAAUCACUGUAGAAAAUUGCCACUCUCUGACAGAAAUAGUUGGAGGUGAAGGAGAUGGAUUAUAUUUAGAAGAUGUGAUUGUUUUCAGCAAAUUAAAAGUUUUGAAACUCAAGUGCUUAACAAGACUUGCAAGCUUCUGUUCUGCAAAUUUCACAUUCAAGUUCCCAUUGUUGGAAGAAGUAAUGGUGGCUCAAUGUGCCAACUUUGAGACCUUCUGUCACGGGGUCGUGAGGACUCCCAGCCUGCAGAGAAUACAAUUAACACAAGAAGAUGAUGUAGGGCGUCCAGCGGUUGAGCUGAAUGACACCAUAAAUCAAUCGUACAAAGAAAAGCCUCGUUUCCCACUUUCCCUCACAGAGAUGAAAGUAAAAAACAGUGAAAUGAUGGAGCAAAUCAUCACAGAGGAGGAAGCUACGGAGGCAAAUGAAAAAGGGAUAAUAUUCCCACUGAUAGAAACCAUUAACUUGAAGUCUUGUCCCAACUUGACAAGUUUCUGUCUGGGAAAUUAUAAACUUGAGUGUCCAUCAUUGUCAAGGAUGAAAUUACUUAACGGUCCAAAGAUGAUUACAUUUGCCUCAACAUUUUCAAAGGUGCAAGUGAAAGGAGCAGCAGAAGGAGGAAGUGCAGAAAGGAUUGGAAAGGAGGCCAUUGAUAUCCCUAUUGCACCCUUUUUCAGUGACCAGGUCUGUUUCUUCACCUAGAAUUGUUGGUUUCACAUUUUCUCGACUUUUGAUCCACUUGUGCAGCCUAGAUUAUAUUAUUCUACUUCUACUAUCUGCAUAAAUAUUCUUAUGGUUAACCAAACACAUCUAUGCAGUAUUCAUUUAUGACAUGACUAAAACUAAUAAGUGAAUGUUAAUAUU